CUUCAUAGUUACCCAUAAGCCAUUGUACACGCUUCCACCAUUGCUUCCACACUCUAACCAUUAGGUUCAGAAGGAUAGUAUCAGUGCCAAAACACAAAACAAUCUGGAGAAAAAGAUGUACAGUCAAAGGAGAUAUGGUGGUUCUGGUGCGAGAAUGUCACAAAAUCCAGAUUCACGCUAUAGUGGCAGAAGGGACAGCAAAGGAACCAGUAACAACAGUGGGCCUAAAGUCGGUGUCUCAUCACCUUCACAGAAGCCAGAACUUCAACGUACCUCGGAAUCCCGUGUGCAGACUGAAAAGCAACCAAAAUACCCAGUCAAUAAAAGUGAUUCCCUGAUAAAUGAGGCAGCUGGCCCUGAAGGUUAUCAAUUUGAAGAGUGUUAUGUUGAAGCAGAUGUUGUUGGUUAUGAUGAAACUGGAGGAGAUGACAAUUGCAACCAGCAAGAAGCACUUGCAAGGGAAACAAAUCAACAGAAGGAAGGGACUUUCCAAAAAAUAGAGCAGAGAGAUGAGUAUGGCUACUCAGGUAGGGAGCAAAAACAAAGCUUCAAUAGCAGCAAGCCUCAAGGUCAACAAACACCAAGCAUGGAUACAAGAAAGUCAUAUGAAGAACUGAUAGUGGGGAGUGAUGAACAGCGUGGUCUUGGAAAUGAACAGUUGAUGUCAAAAGAAACAGGAAAUGAUGAGUCAUUUGGCUUUAUAUCUGUUGGUGGAGUAAAAUAUGUCAAAGUAGAAUCAUUGAUAGGAUCAAAUGAAAAAAUCCAUAGUGGCAGAUCGCGUCUUUUUAUUGCAAAUCUUGCAAAGGAGGUAACAGAAAGAGAUCUCAAGGAAUUGUUUUCGAAAUUCGGAGAAACAAAUGAAAUUUAUGUUAACAAGGAAAAAUUAUUUGGAUUUGUUAGACUGGAUUACAAGGUGAAUGCAGAAAUGGCACGCAAUGCUCUUGAUGGUUAUUUUUACAAAGGAAGGCACUUGAAAGUUAAGUAUGCAGCUCACCAGUCAGCAAUUGAAAUUCAUGGAAUAGACAGGUUCACAUCAAACGAGUCACUUGAGGCGGCAUUUGUGCAAUUUGGUGCAGUUGAGAGGGCGAGAGUUGUCUGUGAUGAAAGGGGAAAAUCAAAGGGGUAUGCUGUUGUGGAAUUUGCAUACAAGAAAGCAGCACAGAAUGCAUUGCGCAGAAUAAAUGAUGGGCUGUUUGUACUUGGAAGAAUUCCAAAGCCUGUUUACGCAAAACCAUUGUCGCAAACAGAUGAUGAAGGGGUGCAUGAAGCAGAUCUGGAGAGAGUUCCUGGAAUUGCAAAGGAUCGGGAGUACCAGGCACGAUUUAUACCAUCAAAUACACCUGAAUACCCAAUGGCCCUAAAAUGGAGGGAGCUUCAAGAUCGGGAACAAGCACAGAAAGAAAGUUUGGAACAACAAAUGGAAGACGAUAGGCAGAAAUUGGAAAUUGAUAUUGAGGCUGCUAUGCAUGAACAUGAGGCUGAAUUUAUAAGGCAAGAGCUGUUGCAGAGGCAAGCAGCCCUUGAGGAGGAGAUCCGAAGAUAUGAUGAAAUGCGAAACCGAGAGUCGAUGCUUAUCAGACAGGGACACCAAAACAUCUAUAAAGAUUCCCGUAUGAAUGACAGUAGGCAAGAUGACUUUAUACGUAAACAACAACAAGAAAUGCACAGAAGACAAGGGAAUGAUGACGUUGUCAGAGGAAUGCAGAACGCUGCCUCCAACAUGGGCAUUAACCCUGCAACAGCCCUUGCCAUGGCGGCAAGUGGGAACCCUGCGGCAACGGCAGCUGCAGCAAAUAUUCUGCAGGCAAUCAAAGUUGGUGACAACAUUGGAGGCAACGGCCCGGGAAUGCAGCGAAUGGGUGGACCAAUGGGUGGACCAAUGGGUGUACCUCCUCUAGGGAUGAGACCAGGUGGAAUGCCACAGCCUCCAAGACCAUUGCUUGACGGAAUGCAAGGACCGUCUCGUGGAAAUUUCGUGCCCGGAUCAAGAAGGCCCGGAAGCCGCGACAACACACCAAACAACAACAAGCGUCUGCGAAGGUGAACAAGCAGCAUAACAUGGACUCACCAUAGCAAUUUUGAUAAGCUCCCAACGAGCGAGAGACUAUGGCAGACAUUAUUCUAGCUUUAAGUCAAAGACUGGGCGGCAUUUUAUAAAGUGCUGCUUCUAGUCUUAUUAUUUCAAGCUGCUGUUUUGCUGGAAAACAGAUUCAAAAACUUUAGGCUAGGCAUGACCAUAAUAUUUCAUAUCAAUGCUUGUUAUUGGUCAUAUAUAGUUGUAUUUGGAUCAUGUGAUUUUGUUGGUGACUGGAGAAGUUCGUUUGUAAACCAUUAUAAACUUUUAGUAUGUUCUGAAAUGGUUUUAUCUUUCAUGUGAUUUCGAUGUUUUAGGCCACCAGCCAUAACGUUAUUUUCUCAUGCCAUAAUGCAUCAAUAAUCGACAACUCUAAAUUUUUUCCCGUUACAUCGAUCUACCUUCGUUUUUAUGUGUAAUGAAUAAAAGAAACCUCCACAAAAGCGAGAUUCGUUAUAAACCUCAAUAGAGGCCCGUCUUAGAGAGGUUUUCCUUGGUUGGGGAUACUUUCUACAAGGCUGUGACUGCAGAAGAAAGAUUUUGAGACAAAAUUAUUUAUUAGUUUUAAGAGGUGUCCAUUUUUCUGAAUUGUCCAGCAGUGGAGGUUAAACUGAAUAGUAUGUUAAUAUAUAUAUCCUUCGUUCUAUUAGUUGAGGCCCUGGGUACUAGCGUCUCGAAAAGGGGUCCAGUGCAACAAUCGAAGAGAGGAGUCGAACAAAGAAAGGCCUCCCACUCUUCGACCCCACUCUUUCACAGAGGCUCUUGUAGCCUGGAUAAAGUUCUCCUUUCUUUUUUAUUUUAACUUCUUUGGCCUGUUUCUUUCACAUUAUGAAUUUUCGGUUUUAAAAUUCACUCUUCAUUUUCCCUAACCCCUUAUUUCACCCCUACCCCAAUUGACUGUUUUAUCUGACGCUAUCUAAUGCUGGAAAUUAUACCCUUAAUUCAAUAUGCUUCUUCGCUCUGACUUUUGUCAAUAAAAUCAGUAAUAUUCAUUUUGGGAUUAAUUCAGUUCAUGUUUCUAGCCAAAGGAAAUUGUUCCAAAACAAAAUUAUUGUGCUCCUUCAAAAUUAGAGGACAGCCGUGAGGCACCUUUCCAACAAUUUAAAAGAGAAUUUGUACGUUGACACAAGUGGCUUAGCAUAUUUCAAAUCCUUGAUAGUACAAGGCAACCAAUAGCACUUGAGCAAAUUCUGUAAUUCACGGGCAGGGAUUAAGAAAAUAGAAGCGUUGUCCCCACCAUAGUGCAACAGGAAUGAACUUUUUCUAUACCAAAAUUAAUGAAACAAUUUUUCUUGCUUUGUUGGUUUCACGUUUAACUGGAUGCGUUUCUCGUCAUAGAAAUACUUGUAUGCAUCUUCUGAAACUUCCUUCUUCCCACGUUUAGACUUACUGUUCUUUCUUUCUUUAUUUCUUUUUUUCUUUCUUUAUUUCUUUCUAUCUUUCUUUCUUUCUUUCUUUCUUUAUUUUAUUCUUUAUUUCUUUCUUUCUUUCAUCUCAGUCUUUCUUUCAUGUUAGUGCAUCUUUUGUUAUCUUACUCCCUUUAGUUUAACAGCAAGCAGUGCCAAAAUUGAUCGAAGAAUUGAUCGAAGCUUUCUUUUUUGCGUUUUUACUUUCCUAUUUUAGUUGAUUCUCUUUCUUUCGCUAUCCUUCCCUUUCUUCUUCUUUUUUCUGGGCCCUUGCCUACUUUUAACUGUCUCUUGUUCUGCAAACUCCACUUUCAAUUCUUCCUUUUCUUUUUAGUAUGUUUAAUUUUUGCUUUCUCAUUUGCUUCUGAUUAUUUUCUACUUUCCAUAGUUCGUCCUUGCCUGUCCUUUUUGCACUUACCAUCCCUUCGCCCGCCUUCGCCUUCUUGUGCCUCCUUUGCUCUCCAGUGGCUCUGAUUGUUUUUUCUUUCUCAAGCCGCAAUCGUACUCCUGAUAGUUUCCGCAAAGUUCAAAUCCGCAAAGUUAAUAUUUUUUAUAAUUUAUGUCGCCACAUACUUAAUUUGAUCUUUGUUUGAUUUUGCUUGAUUUUGCUCUGUGAGUUCACAGAAGAUGCUAAACUCGACACCUCAUCAUUCUUUGCCAAGCCAAACAUAUGAUAAAGUUUUUUACAAAGUUUAGAUAUAUUGAGACCUAUUUUAGUUACAGAUUAGUUUUUUUGAUCGACUAUCCCCUGUCACCAUUCUAUUUCUGAUCUUUCUCACAAAGUUAUAAUCAAAUUCGCGGGAUUUUGCCCUGAAGGUGAUGUUGAUGAGUCCGCUAUGUUGGUUUGCCGCAACUUUAAUCUCACUAAGUCGGAUUCUAAUUAAAGGAAAUAUAAGGUCCACCAAAAGGUUUUUCAGCCUUUGCCAAGCUCAUUUGCAUAAUACAUGUUACCUGGAUAUCUCAUUCUUUACAUUCAUUAUUAAAAAGGAAAAAUCUGCCGCAAUUUUGUGCCAAUUUCUGAUAAAGAGAUCUCUUCCAGGUUCUUUUCUUUUACUCCAAACUUCAUAUUUCUAACAAAAGGGCGAUAUUUCCAUCUAAUUUUCCCUGAGCUCUUGGACUUCGGACGCUCAUUCUGUCGAAUUUCGCGUUAGCUUGAACACUGUGUAUUGCUGUAGAAAAAAAAAUGCUCCCCGGGGUUGCUCCCCGCGCUUGUGCUUACGCCAGUCACCCCUCUCCAAUCCCGUAAAGUAAAGUUGUACUCGUGGUUAACUUGAGACGAAUUGGAUUCAACCAUUUAGUGUCAUUUUUUCGAAGGGGAUUGAAAAUGAAUGGGAGGUCUCCUGGUCAAGACCAUAUAAACAGGUGGGUUUUAAUUAACGGGGGGAGGGCAGAAGUAUUGUUCAAAGUCAUUGCAGCAACAUAUCGAAUUUUUAGAGUAACGUUUUUGUCUUGAACAUUUUUAGAGAUGCUUCAAAAUACUUUUUUGUCAGAAUCGUGAUCAGGAAUAUUGCCCCGAUUCCUCAUGUUUAUCUCACGAAUUUGUCCUGACAGAGGUUGCCCAUUAAACAAAUUGAGAUCCGACCAAUUGUAGAAGCCUUACACACUCUAAGCAAAGGCCAAUGGAAUGGAGGUCAUGAAACCACCAGCUUUACCCUGUAGUUGAAAACCCAUCUCAGCAUCACAAGUAAACUAACAAAACGGGGCCAGAAUCGAUAACAGACUUGCAUCAUUAUUAUUUGAAUCUACGUCAUAACGCUAUCAACCCAAGUCAAACGCUCUUUUUGUUAUUGGCUACCAAAAUAUCAUAUCUGGUUUUUUACUUAUACUGCAUUUCCUCUGAAAAGCGCCCUACCCUCUUGGUGGAAACAAUGCGCGUGAAAAGAGACUAAGUCAUUGGGAAUGGCUCAUUCGAUUGGUUUUGUGAUGACCACUGCCCCUUUACUUCUAUUAUGUUGGAGUACUAUUGACAAAUGACAAAAGAUAACGAUAUUAAGUUACCUAGAAGAGUUUUGUAAAAGGCCACUUUUUUGGACGAACAAUAUCUACAAUUUGACUUCACUCAACUUAAUUAUGAAGAAAUGUUGUUUUCACUAAUAAGGAAAAAACUACUCUUUUUGUUGGGUAUUGGUUGUGUUGCAAGUCAUUAAAACGAUUGCAAAGAGAGACAGGAUCAAGUUGGUAUUUUAAAAUUUGAUGUAUAAAAGUAAUUUAUAAAAGAUGAGCGUUAGUUAUAUCGAAAUUCGCCGACAGCACAGUUGCCAUAGUUGGAGUUGCCCUGAAGGGACAAACUUGAUAGACUGUGUGGGUGGACUGAAUUUGAUAUCAGAAUGUGAAGCCUUUAGGCCUUUAAAUGGACGCCAGUUUUCACAAAUUGAUAGAAAAAAUGUUUAAUAGAGCCACUUAUCAGAUUUAAUGAAAAAAUACUUCCAGGAAUCAAUGACCAAAUAACGUUUAUUCAAAUAGGCUUUUUUCAAAUUGAUGACGUCAUGAAAUAUAUCAAUGCUACAUGGCAGAUCUUAAGUUCAUAAUAAAUGAUCUGUAAAAAGCAUACGUAAUAAAUGUUAUCGAAGAAAUCUUCACAGCUAAUUCAGUACAUAAAUAGUAGAUAAGCUGAAAGAUAUGCUUCUCUUGUUUUCGCUUCAAUAUGUAUGCCCAGUGCCUAUGUAUGUCUUUUAUCAUCUAAAGGAAGAAACAAAGCAUUCUCUUUGACAGGGAAUCUGAAGGCGAGUAUUCAAAAUAUAACGAUGAAUGUUCAAUUGGGUAGCGAGGUUAUUGUCGUGUACUUGAACUUUCCUCAUUAUAGGCAGGUUUAUGACUAUCCGUAAUUCUUGUCGGCCAUCCUGCUUUUACCCACCUUUCACCAAUUUAUUGCUGCCCAUAGCCAAAACGCCAUUUUUGUAGAUCCUUCAAUUGCAAGACAAUUCGUCGACUAUUCGUCGAUGCAACUUCUAUCGCAAAUCACAACACACUGAUCAUUUGGGAAGUGUAUUUAUCUGCUGACGUGGAGCAUCAUUACAUUUGAAAGUAGCAGUGUAAUUGCCUUUGUUGAUAAACGAAGCGCUAGUAAUACAGUACUCUUCUUUGAUUAAAGGAAUGUUUUUGUAACCCACAUGUAUGGUUGCAAUUGCUCAUCUCAUUUGACUUGAUACUUUUAGGCAAAUUGGCUCGGAACAUUUAGCUCGGAAAAAAAUAGAAAAAAUGUAUUUUAAUCAUUCAGUGUCAAAGUUCAGUCUUUUAGAGUUAUAUUCUUAUAUUCAAAAUUUUCAGCAUUAGUUCUGUUGGAGGGGUACAGUUCUGUGACUAAGAAAUGUUAAAAUUAGAAAUGUUAAAAUUAUGUCGUCAUGAUUUAUAGUUUCUUAACUAAAUUUGAUACUUCUACAAAAUUGCAUAAUUUUGGUCGAGGAUGAUGAUCAUGAAGAAUCCAUACUUUUGAUGUGACAGUGGUGAAUAAUUAUAACAUAUUCAGUAAAUGAAUCUGAUUUGCAUGCAUAAUCAAGGAAUUUAGAUGACAUAGGCAUCACUACUAAUUUUGUAUUAAUAAUGUUAUAAUGGAAGAUUAUGUAGUAAUGUGCAAUGUACUAUUUAUAUGAAAAUAUCUUGCAGACAGUCGUCAUAUACAAAACAAAGUUAUUUUUGUUGCGUAAGCAUGGUGUAUCACCAGGAAAUAAUUAUGUCAAAGUAUUUUGACACCUUCAUUUUUAUGACAAACUAUUCUGUCAGUUGCAUAAUUAGGGCAACAGAUAAUUGGAAAAUGUCUGCCCUUUUUUAUCCAUUGUGAAAACAGAUGCGUAACAGAUGUAACUCUGACUGGCGGUUGUGAUGCCAGUUCGAAUAUUUGAAAUUGAUUGGUGAGAUGCUAUAAUGUAUCAAUUACAUAUUUUUGCACAAUUUUGAUUUUUCGACUGAUAUUUAUGCGUAAUUGCAAAUCUGCGUAAUUGUGAUCUGUUUUGAAAUACCUCCAGUGCACAAUUGAAACAUUCGAACAUGUCGACAUUUUUUCGCGCCAAGAUGCGUUAUUAUGAAAUUUCAACAAAUCUCUUCGAUUCAGGUAUGCAUUUUUUAUGUAUUGCAAAUAAUGUCAAGAGCAGAUGCAUAAUUAUUGACACUAAGAUUUUCCUGAUAGCCUCUUAUAACAGGCAAUUAUAACACACAGCUGAUGGGUGAUGUUGAUACCAAAAUUCAUAAUUGUAAAUACCCGGUGAAUCUUUACUUAAAAAGUGUUAUGUUAGCUAAUAAAUUAUGCAUAAUCGAGUAAUUAAAAUAAUUAGUACGCAAAUGCUUAAAUACAGCCUGGCUGCAUAAGAGAGGCAUCUCAUCUGAUUACAGUGUAUCAACAGAUGCAUAAACGCCCGGUUUUUGUGAAUAAUUAUUCACUAUGAAUUAAGCAGGUACAUAAUUAUCAUGCUAUAAUGAGUUUCAGUAAGCAAUAUCCUUAAUUUAAUUGUAAGGAAUUAGUUUCUAGUUCCUGAAAUCUUCAAAUUGUAUUGUCUCAUGAACAAUUAAGCAUUGCACGGUUUUAUUUUCACUAGGUUUCAACCACCUCAGUGCAGUCUUUUCACAUUUUUUAGUCGUAUUUCAAUUCUUGAUACUUCAUAACGAGCGUUUUCCAACACAUUAGAGCCCCCCUUGACUACCCUGCGGGUGCCUGCGGGUGCUUGUGGCAAUAGAUACCCAUAAUGCACAGGUGCACAAUAAGGUGCAUUGUUGUGCAUUAGUAAGGAGUACCACGAUGCCGAUUAAUGUGAUUUGACAUAUGCAACACAUUUAUUUGGGUAUAUGUGGGUCAAAUCAGACGUGGAAGAAAUCCAACAUUAAGAAUCAUAGACUGGAUAGACUUUGUGUUUACAAUAUCUCCAGUUUAAGAUUAUUCCAUAUAGAUAUUGAUUAAUACACUAAAGCAAUUUUGUAAUAUAACCAUCCUUUAUGGUUCAGAAGUGUACUGUGCGUAUGUUGUUGGUACCUUAUUUCUUUGUUGUCUACAGUAAAUAAACCUAUCGAAUAAAGAAGCAAGAAAUAUCUGUGUUAUUGAGACAUGAUUCAAUGCUUCAUAUUCCCUGAACACAAAUACUUUGUAAUCCUCUUUGCAAAGACUGUUUUAUUCAUUUUUUGAUAUUUGAAACACACAUCAAGUUUUGCGAGGAUUCAUUUUCUAAGGAAAGUAAACGAAUACCGAAGACCCGAAGACUUCCUACAAAGGGACUGAUCUUUGAGCUACUUGCAGUUAUUCCCCUGCUCUCUGUACGUUAUAAAGUUUGGUGGCAGCAUUUAUUUUUGUUAAAGCUUUUUAGAAGACAGUCUCUAUAUUUUUGCAUACGAUUUGGUAUGUACGAAAGCUGCUGGAUAUAAAGUUUCUCACUCUCUGCAAUAGACAGAUCUCUUCAAUGUAUCACUGCAGAUGUUAUGGUUCCAGUAAACCUUUCAUCUGGCACAGAUUUUGGAGAAGUAUGGGAUGUUAUUAUCAAACAUUCUUGCAUUUUUCAAGCAAAAGCUUGUAUUGACAUCAUUGCAUAAGUGUAUCAACGUUGUAUAUGUAGUAUACUAUCAAUUGUGAUGCGAGUUCUACAUUUUUUGUCAAAUUAAGCUAAUCAGUUAGAAGUUGGCUGUGUUAUGGCACAGACGUUACCCUAUUAGAUACAAUGUCCAAAUUUAGAUUGGAGUUGAAGACACGGUCGUUAAAGCUGUUUAGACCCGGCUACAUCUAACUACUUGUACUGAUCCAGUUUAAACCAUUGUAACUCAAGCUAAGGCAAAGACAUAAGUAGCCAGUUCGUAACUUAACGCAAAUUUAACUGAUAUGCUUGCAUAGUGAUAUUUCAUAAUAUUUUUUCAGAUUAUUGGGUCCAUACUCUACAAUUUUAAAAAUAUGUUCUAUGACGUCACCACUAAGCCACUCUCUUAUAGUCUAAGAAAUCGUUUCCUUCCUUUUUUGCUUUAAAAUGCUUUUUGGAGUUAUUUCUAAAUAGUUAUCAAAGAAUAUUAACAAAACCAGCACGAUAGCCUCUUUUCAGUAACUGUGCUAAAACCUGAUAAACCCUUGGCAAGUUCAGAGCAAAUAAGACCAAUAAUACUUAAUAAGAUUGAAAUGGUUUUUUGCGUUUUUUGUUUGUUUACGUGACUUCCAAAAUACUAAUGACCUUGGUGUCCAAUUCUUGAUAAGCAUAUUUCUCUUGCUAAGUUGGGAAUUAAGUCUUGAAUUAUCGAGAUAAAAUUCGUAAGAACUUCCUUCCUUCUUUCAAUCUCCUCUAAUUCUCAUAAUAACUCGACACAAUGCACGAUUCAACACUUUCCUUGCCUUUUGAUAUGAGGUUUUCCCUCCCAGUUGGAAUAAACCGUUAGUUUUGAAUUAUUUUCAUGAACGUUAUGAUGACAUGGCUUGAUUUGCUCCAUUUAAAGCGUGUUUUACGUUUAAGCUAAUUUCACAAUUGCCAGUCACCUUUGCAAGAUGUUUACAAAAUCUGGGUGGCAGUGACACUACAUAAGACAAUAUGGUUUUGUUGCUGUAUUUUGAGAUUAAAGGGGACUAUGGAAAUGUUCUAAUAGAACAUAUAAGUUCUUAUGGAAUUUUUUUUACGUUUCUUCAAAUUCUUAUUUCAAAAACUUUUAAGAAAUUUAUUCCACAAACUUGUUAAAUGUGCCGUCAUAAAUAUGGCUUAAUUUGUCACAAUAUUAACUUUACGUUCCAAGAUUGGGAGUUUUGGUCAGUGCGAAUGAUCAGUUGACUAGGAUACUGAUAGCGCACCCGUGCGUAAGGUAGAUCUGAUCUUCAUCUCAAUCUUAAAUCUCAAUCUUUUCAUGAACGUGUUGCUAUGAACAAACCUUAGGCUUACGGUAUGAAGUUAGGGGAAUUAAAGACACCCCAAGAAUGAGCCAAACGGUUGUGUGCAAAGGAACUGCGCUUAAGGCCACCAUUUCUGCAAGUCGGCUGGUUAAUUCGAAAGGUAGAUGUCCAUUCAAAACGUUUUCAUAUUAUUAAAAAUCAUAACGAUUGAUAUUUAGGAGCAAAAUAUGACCAAUGCCGGUAUAGUAUAUACUGCUUCUAUUCUUCGAUAUAUAUACAAUAUUUUGAAACUUGCAAUGGCAGGGAUCAUUACCAUCUCCCCAACCCCGAUUCAAAGUAAGACACACUGUUAUAAAUUGACUGCAGCUAGAAUUUAAUGUAGGGUUUUUAAACUGUAAUUACUGUUUAUGCCAUGACUACGACCGCUUUGAUGUUGCCAAUUUCUUGAGUUUGCUAUUGAGAGUUGAUUUUAUUCUGUGCCAACUUGACCCACCUCGUUUCUAAGCCGGUCUCGUUAAUGAGCCAGUCUCGUUAAUGAACGGAUCUCCUUUCAAAUUCGACCUCGACUUCAAGCAACAGAAAUGAAGCUCUCUUUUUAAAAAGAAUCAAUAUUGCGCUUUUUGGUGAAAAGCAUGUAAUGUUUGCUACAUUUUUAUUCUCUCAGUCAGCAUUAUAAAACGUAGUUUCAAAUAGCGGGUGAAGACCACAUAAGGAUUUUCAUAAUUCCUUAAAAAUUUACUUGAUAAUUGUUUAAAAAAUUUCCAUCCUAGUAGGAAAUGGUCUCGAUGCCCCAAAAAUAGACGCUAAUUACGAUGUUCUCGAAUAAUGUAAACAAAUAGUAACGAUAUUUACUACACACACCCCUAAACUGAAAUGGCAAGGAUAGCAUUGAAGCAUAGGUUUAGAGGCAAAUAAAAUAAUUUUUUGUAAUAAUCGUUGCCAAUUUGGUUAGUGGUGGCAACGUUAAAUAUGUAUUUCUAAAAUCACAAUUGUAAAUCUGCAUCUUUUUCUCUCCUUUGCUUUUUGCCAGGAUAUUCAUUUGUAAACUUUUUUAAUAGACUCAAUCGACAUUAGUUAUUUUUCAACUAGAAAGAAAUGCUCCUUUUAAUGGUUUUUAGAAUAUUAUAAGCCACGCCUAUUACGUUGGUUGUUUAAAACUGAUAAAGAAUAUAAUUCUUUCGUCACCUUUGACCAACCAUACCUCUGUAACCUUCAAAGCGUACUUUUGGCAGAAGUUAGGGUGGACAGUUCCUUUUAAACUGUCGUUGUCUUCCUAGCAUUGUUUACUUCCCACAGUGACAAGAAUAGAGCCUUCAAAUAAUUUAUCCAGCCUUGAUUCGGACCCAUCGCCUCUUACACUCCAGUACUUCAUAUCUCCAAUUUUGAAUUAUAAAUACCCUCUAAAAACUCUUAUAGACAGUGAAAUUAAUUUUAUUCUAUUUUUCGUAUCUGGACAAAGCUGGCGUGGUCAAGCUGGCAUUUUGGAUGCAACACGUGGAUUUUGUUACAGCCAAAAUAACUAGAUCUCGUACGGCAAGAACAAUUAUAACUUUUAAUGAAACAAACUUAAUUAACGCAUUUGAGAGAGUGCCUCCAACUUUUAAGACUGGCAAAGUUACUGGAAGGAUCCUCAAAUCCUUCAGAAAGUUAUCAUUUCUUUAUUAUGGUGUUAUCAUUUUAAGCCUUAUUAUUUUACCAUCAACGAACUCAAUGUAAGGACAAAUAACAGAAAUAUUAUUUGACAAAUUCCUAUAAAGUUUGCUAAGAAUGGAUUUUUCUGGGUGCUAGGUUGAACAAAGAGAUUCAUUAAGUACAUUUUAUUGGUUUUGAUUAAAUUGGAAGAAUAUCUCUACUUAUUUUCAUAAUUGUUUAUUCAUUGAUGUUUCGCUUUAUUAGGACUAUAAGAACACAUGUUGAUAGAACUUUUCAUCAAGCUGAAAUGUACAUAUCGUUUCAAAAUAUAUUCAUGAUGCAUACAUGACCUGGUCAAACAAUCCAACAUUUCACCCAAUAUCUCACCUAACAUGUUUAACGCAUACUAAGAAGGGGCUGGGUAGGAGGUUGUUUUGAUGCUCGUAUAGUUAUGGCUGCACUGAACGUUUAAUAACAUUUUUCGCAGAGGACUUUCAGCAACAUUUUUUAUUUUCAUCCUUUGUUUUAACGCAUCGUUGUUUUAAGUAGAAGUCUCUGUAAUAGCACUUCGAUCGAUGCCGUCUAUCUCUUUUUCACUUGCUUUCUUACCCCUGUUUUCUCCACUCAUUUUGAUAUUUUUUUCUAAACCGCACCCCAUUCAUUGGCUCUUGAGAUCCUCAUGCCCGACGAAGGAUCCCUCUCCUAUCACCAGCCGUAAAGCCAGUCAGGCUCGAGCGGUACAGAAAACGACAGUAUUGACUUUAAACUUUUUCAUAAAAUCAACAAUAAACAUGACUCCAGUGAGACAUGGAACAUAAGUUAGAUCCUAAUUACAGUGUUCUGUUUAAAUGAAAGUCUACGCGGAAUCGCGCGAAGAAGUUAGCCAAUAGUGGCUGAGAAAAACAGGAAAAGUGAGUAACAUGAUCUAAGCAAUGAAACCUUUUGGUUGUAAG